CACACCGUUUCCACCGGGUCACACAGCUGCUCUGUCCACACAGUGAUUAAUCCCAUCUACUCAGCCUAAAGCUAAAGCGAAAUGGCUCGUACCAAGCAGACCGCCCGUAAGUCCACCGGAGGAAAGGCGCCAAGGAAGCAGCUUGCGACCAAGGCGGCCAGAAAGAGCGCUCCGUCCACCGGAGGAGUGAAGAAGCCCCAUCGUUACAGGCCGGGAACCGUGGCUCUGAGGGAGAUCCGUCGUUACCAGAAGUCCACCGAGCUCCUCAUCCGCAAGCUGCCCUUCCAGCGUCUGGUGAGGGAAAUCGCCCAGGAUUUCAAGACCGAUCUGCGUUUCCAGAGCGCCGCCAUUGGAGCUCUUCAGGAGGCCAGUGAGGCUUACCUGGUGGGUUUGUUUGAGGACACCAACCUGUGCGCCAUCCACGCCAAACGUGUCACCAUCAUGCCCAAGGACAUCCAGCUGGCCCGUAGGAUAAGGGGAGAGAGGGCCUAAGUGGCCGUAGGCUGCGUUGUUGUGACAAAUGAUACUAUUUAUCAUACUUAACCAUUUUUGUGGACAUUUUUAUUUCUUUGACAUUUUUUAAAAAGACUUUCUUUUUGAAUUUUGUAUCGUAUUUUAGAUUUGAGACAAUACAUUGACCAUUCCACACACCUGAUUACACUUUGGGUAGUUGGAAGUGUUGUGCAGUAGGAAUAUCUAUGUUUACCACCAUGGGUUGUCAUUACAUGUUAUAGCCACCAUAUAACUCAUCCCCCUCCUCCCGGUUCUGUGUGGGUAACAGGCCCCUUCUGAGGAUACGGUUCUUUUUAAAGCAAAGGUGAUUUCUUCAAAUCUUCCAUGGGGGUCCAGGGUGUCUCAACUCAUCUACCGUUUCCAACAAAAUGCCAGCACGUCUUGCUCUACAGGUCUCACUGCAGUGACAGGGCGUUGACCACCAGUCGAUGCCCUGCGCUCUUUGACCAGGAGCAUGGCAGACCCCUCUGUAUUUUUCUGGACUGCUUUUUACGUGUUUUCCAACAUAAAAUCUUGGCAGCUACAUUUAAUACUAUUUAUGAAAAUGUCACAUGUCUUUCUAUUAAAGGUCUUUAUGAGUAGAAA